AUGUCUGAUGUCCCUCUUACUCCACCAAGGAGAACCAAAAAACACUCCACUUUUUCCACGCCAAAUCAAUAUGCUUUACUUACUCCAGCAACCAGUGCCAAAAAGUCAAAGAGCUUUAGUAACACCAACAUUUCAAGUGCUAAUAGGCUAUCAGCGAUCGCACCAAAUACACCUCAAAAAUCACCAUCUAAAACAAACUCUCACAGAAAGAGGAAUUUUAAUGACAUUUUUGUUGAUACAAAUACGCAGAGUUGUGAGAAGUUACCUAUGGGACUUUUUCUACCUUCACCUCGUAUAGUCGGCUCAGGAAGAAAUGGGAAACAUUUGCCUGUUUCGAAUAAUAGAUCUGAAGUGAGGGAGGAGCCCCCCACGACACCAGGCAAACAAGUGAUUAACGAGGAGAUGGUGAAACAAUGGCACAACACCAGUGAUGAUGAAGAGGAGGUUGAGAUCAUGACACUAGAGGAGACGAAAAAGAUUCCAAAAGUGCAUUUGCCCAACCCAUUCUUGACCAGCGAGAGUAGCCCUAGUGUCAAGGAGCAGCAUAGCUUGGAGCUGUCGAACCCAUUUUUAGACAAUAAGGAAAAUGACCUCAAACAAAAGGUUGAUUACAAUACACAUAUGGAAUUGAUAAAUAACAAGACAGGUCAACGUAAAGUGGUGAAGUUGACCAAAAAUCAAAUGAAGAUAAAACCAAAAAAGUUAUCUUUUGAAGGGUUAUAG